CAAAGAACAAGUGGUCACAUGACAAUGCGAUUGUAAAUAAUAGGGUUUGAGUCUGGAUGGUUUGUUGGUGACGUUUCCGGGAUAUAACUGAAUGUUAAUCUGCAUAUUUUUAGACCUACAAAGCAAAUGAAAGGAACAGUUUCAAAUGAAUAACUGAUCAAACCCUACAGGCUCACUGUUUUUUUUUAUUUUUGGGUUUUCAACAUGGGGUCUGACUCGCCAACGACACUGUCAGGUGUGAACGUAGUGCUCGUUAUGGCCUACGGAAGUCUGGUGUUCGUGUUGCUGUUCAUCUUCGUGAAGAGGCAGAUUAUGCGCUUCGCCAUGAAGUCUCGCAGAGGACCGCAUGUACCGCUGGGACACAACGCACCCAAGGAAUUGCGAGAGGAGAUUGAUUUGCGUUUGUCGAAGGUGCACGAAAUCCGGUAUGAGCCGCGGCUGCUCUCGCCGGAUGACGAUCGCUUGAAACACAGAGGCCAGAAUGGUUGUUAUAAUUACCUGUACAGAAUGAGGGCCCUGGAUGCCAUCCGAGACUCUGACAUCCCGUUCCAGGAGAUGGGGCAGAACCCCAGUGCGGUGACAGGCCGCAGCUUCCGCACCUGGCUGCUGGAGCUGCGCAGCUCGCACGCGCUGCUGAAGAGCCGCGCCGGCCUGAUCGACGGGCUGCUGGAGGGCUACGACUGCGCGCGCCACGGCACGGGGGUCUUUGGGGAGGCAGAGUUUUUGAAAUACCAGGAAGCUCUGACUCAGCUGGCUGCUGUUGUGAAGGCCCACUCCAGCUCCACCAGUCUGAACCAGCAGCAUCAGUCCGCAGCCAAAGAUCUGACCAGCUCCCCAGGCCCGCCCGCCUCCUCCACCAUCCAGGUGACCUACCUGCCCUCCUCCGGCCAGCGCAGCAAGAGACCCAAACACUUCCUGGAGCUCAAGAACUUCAAGGACAAGUACAACACGCUGGAGAGCACGCUGUGAGGCUGUGAGGCUGUGAGGCCCAGAGCCUGGGGCGUGCUUGGCUGGCGGGGGAGUGUGACGCGUUGUGUCGGACGCGCAGAGCUUUAAACGUGGAACGCCAUGGAGAACCACAUGGACGGGUACUGCUGUGGGUCACGCACACACAGCAAGAUCCCUUAAGUGUAUAACUGCACACUGCAGCCCAGUUCAGUUUAGAUGUGAGAAUGACAUUAAAUCCCCAAAGUUAUUGAACUUCAGGAGGCCCCUCCCCUUCCAAAAUCUCCUGUGCUUCAUGGAGAGCUACAGAGCAAAGCUCUGCAGAGAGCUGCGUCUCAGUAGGGAGUGAAUUGGGUAACACUCGAGCGGUCACAGCACUGACUGAGACAGAACCGAAAGGCGUGACACUGUGAUCCAGUAGGGGAACAGGCACAGAGUGGUCAAAUGUAGCAUGCAGAAUAGCACCGGGCCCAAUUCAUCCUGGUAUAGACCAGCCGAUGACAGAGAUGUGACAUUCACUAUAGCCCACUUCAGUAUCCUAUGGCCAUUAAAUAUGCAGUAAAUUGCAGUGUUUGCAACACCUGUCACUGAACUACUGAAUGAUGUUUUUAAGUGAAUCAAAGAAACCUGAAUUCUAAUGCGAUAAGUGCCCUUCUUGAAUAUAUUUUAUAUUUCAAAUGUACAUCUGUAAAUAGAUGCAAGAAUGUAUUUUUAAUUAUGUGUGAAACAUAGGUUUGUGUGAACUGUGUGUAGCUUGACCUUGGUGUAAUUUAAACUGCUGUAUGUCAGGAGUGUCUUACCGUUGUUGAAAUUGUACCGUUUCUUUUUUUGGGCAGAAUUAAUCCGAGUAAAUGGAAAAUUUGUCUAUUA